CAAAUUGCAUCAGGCUGAAAAAAGGAAGCUCCGAUCCGAAUGCCCAAUUUCGGGAUUGACCCGGUGUUAGUUGCAGAUACCAGAAUCGAAGAUAGCCCGAGUUGUUUCAUUUAGCGACACAGUGGUGACGGUACCCAUUUAGGGUUUUGGACACUAGAAGAUCCUGGCUUACGUUCACAAGUACAGGCACUGAGAGAGAGAGAGAGAGAGAGAGAGAGGAUGUGGAGGUCAGUGGUGGCAAGAGCUGCUCUUUCCAGAAGGGAAGGAGCACGGAGCUUCUGUAAGAGCCAGAACCCCAAGGUACCUUCUUUCUCUAAAACCUUAACCCAAGCUGAAUCUCCUCAUUUGUCAACAAGGGUCUCCCCCAAUACAUAUUUUCUUCUACAAAACCCCAGGUUCUUCUCUCAAAUCUCAACGAACCACUCUGAUUCUGACUCCCAUCUCUCUGAGGCGGAACAGUCCUCAGAAGGUUUUGCUGACAAUGGUGAUACCCGGCUGGAGAAUUUUGCCCCUGAUGUUGAGAUUCAUGGAGUUGUGGACCAAGAUUAUGUGGGGUUUGAUGAUAAUAGGGAUGCCCAGUUGGAUAGUUUUGCCUCUGGGGAUGGUGUUUUCGGCAACCCAGAGCAAUCGAAUGAUGCUAAGUGGGAUAGUUUUGCCACUGGGGAGGGAAGUGGUGAUGCCCAUAUGGAAACUUUUGGCUCUGGGGAUGGAGAGGGGCAGGUUUAUGAGAUUGAUGUGGAACAGUUGGAGAAUCUGUUGUCUCUUUUACAGAGUACUGUUGAUGGAUCUUUGGAGUCGAGUCUUGAUGGCAUGGGUUUGACCCUACACGAGGAAUUUGUGGUGAAAGUGCUUGAAACUCGACUUGUUUUGGGUGAGAAUAUGAUUAGGUUUUUCAAAUGGGGUAUGAAGGAGAAACCUGAAUUUAAAAUAACGUCAUGUGUAGUUGAUGCACUUGUUCGUGGCAUAUGUUGUGAUCUUAAGAAGAAAGAUGCAUAUGCUUUAUGGGAUUUAAUUAAGGAGAUAGGUGAGAAGGAGAAUGGUGUGUUGAAUGUGGAGGCUCUCAAUGAUUUGAUAGGAUUGUUUUCUAAGUUGGGUAAAGGGAAGGCCGCAUUAGAGGUGUUUAACUCGUUUGGGGAUUUUGGGUGUGUCCCAAAUGUGGAUACGUAUUAUUUCACAAUUGAAGCACUUUCUAGGCGAUCAUUUUUUGAUUGGGCUUUGUGUAUUUGUGAGAAGAUGCUCGAAGCAGGAAGCUUGCCUGAAAAUGAGAAAGUUGGUAAGAUCAUAUCUUGGUUGUGUAAGGGGAGAAAGGCUAAGGAUGCCCAUUCAGUUUAUUUGUUGGCGAAGGAGAAGAACCAGUAUCCACCUCAGUCUUCUGUUAAUUUUUUGAUCAGUUCACUCUGUAGGGAGGAUAAAACGGUCGAAUUGGCUUUGGAAAUGUUGGAUAAUUUUCCAGAAGAAGCUCGAAAAUAUGCGAUCAAGCCAUUCUCUGCUGUCAUUCGUGGUUUGUGUAGGAUGAGAGAUGUCGAUGGGGCAAAACGGUUACUUUCUAAGAUGAUUGUGGAGGGCCCGCCCCCUGGAAAUGCGGUUUUUAAUUCAAUUAUCAAUGGCUAUUCCAAGGCUGGGGAUUUGGGAGAGGCUAUGCAAAUUAAGAAGCUGAUGGAAAGUAGGGGAUUAAAGCCUGAUGUGUACACUUACACUGUUAUCUUGAGUGGUUAUGCAAAUGGUGGUCAGAUGGAGGAGGCUUGUAAAGUCUUGUCGGAGGCAAAAAAGAAUCAUCCUACGCUGAGCCCUGUGACUUACCAUACACUCAUUCGUGGGUAUUGUAAACUUGAAGAGUUCAAUAAGGCUUUGGAGUUGUUGGGUGAGAUGAAGGAUUUUGGCGUUCAACCUAAUGUUGACGAGUAUAAUAAGUUGAUUCAAUCUCUUUGCCUAAAGGCUUUAGAUUGGGAAACGGCAGAAAAGCUGCUAGAGGAAAUGAAAGAGAAGGGAUUGCAUCUCAAUGGGAUCACAGGUGGUCUCAUAAGAGCUGUCAAGGAGAUGGAAGAGGAGGAGCUGUUGCUGGGUUAGUAAAUGUGCGGCCCUGAAUCGUUAGCUGGUUGUUGGAAGUGGACUUGAUACGAAGAUGCUGAUAGGUACGUUUUGCAUGCUUCCUUUUUUGGAAGUCAAAAAAGAAACUUUCGCCAUGAAACAUAGAGUGAACCUUUGUGGCUAAGUCUUACACAUCAAUCACCUAUAUAUUCUUACACAUCAAUCAGAUUGACAGAGAAGCUGCAUUUUUAUUCCUAUCUUCUUUGUUUUGGGUCAGUUUUUGUAUCUUUUCAAUUACAUUCUCUUGGGUAGCAUUCCCAUGCAGGUGAGGGAUAUACAUUCUACAAGUUGUAGAAGCAAUGGCUGUGGAUGCCGCUAUGCAAAUUUCAAGUUUUGUUUAA